UCGACAUUAACUUUUGUUGUGGUUAUCUUUGCCGUCUUCCUCUUCCUCUUCCUCUUCCUCUUCCUCUAUAUAUCUAAUUUCCGUUACUCUGUUUUCUCAGAAUUUCAGAUAUGAAACUGAGAGAAAAAUCGAAGAGCUUCAAAUGUCUUUCCAAGCUCAGCGGACUCACCGUCCCCACCGUGAAGCCCAAAGCCGUUCCUUCUUCUCCAGCUGCCUCUCCUCCGUCGCUGGAAAUGGAUCCCGGAAUCUGGAGCAGACUGCCACCGGAACUUCUCGAUCAUGUACUCUCUUUUCUCUCUCUCAGAACUUAUUUUAACCUAAGAUCCACUUGCAAGCAUUUCGAUUCUCUCUUGUAUUCUCCUUCAUUCGUCUCCAAGCAUUCUGAUUCCUCUUUCUCUUCCUUCCUCUUGCUGGCGCAUCCUCAAUGUUUCAGUCAGUUCCCUCUCUACGACUCUGCUCGCGGCACUUGGCGGAGCUUUCCACUUUCUCUUUCCGUUUCGCUUCUUUCCUCUAGUCCUUCUACUUCUCUUCUUUCCACUGCCAAUGGCCUCGUUUGCUUUUCUCUUCGCCAUUCCGGUUCCUUCCUAGUCUGUAAUUUCUUGACCAAAUCUUCAAGGCUGAUUGAAUUUCCCUACCAUCCAUUCGCAUUUGAGCUUCUCACGUUGGUUUCCGUACCCCUAGGGUACAAGAUUUUCAUGCUCUUCUUCGAUUCCGCUUUGGUAUUCGAUUCACGAAAUCAUUCCUGGCGAAGAUUCGACAAUUUCGAGCCGAUUAUUGGAGAUAAUCAUCGCCAAGAAGCUGCUUACUAUAAUGGCCGAUUGUAUUUUGUUACGCCAGAGCCAUUUUCUAUUGUUUCCUUCGAUUUGGAUAAUGGCGAGUGGGAGCAAACCGAUAUUGUAAUGCCCGAGGAACUCACCUUUGUUAGAUUAGUGAGCGAUGGAGAUACGAAACUGUACAUGAUCGGUGGAACAGGAAGGAAUGGGAUCUCGAGGAGCUUGAGAUUAUGGGAAUUCUCAGAACAGGGAAAUUGGGUGGAAGUUGAAAGUGUACCACAAAUGAUUUGUAAGAAGUUCAUGUCAAUUUGCUACCACAAUUACGAGCAUGUUUAUUGUUUUUGGCAUCAGGGAACCAUCUGCCUUUGUUGCUACACUUGGCCGGAGAUUUUGUAUUACAAAAUCUGCAGGAGAUCUUGGCAUUGGCUUCCCAAAUGCCCUUCUGUACCGGAAAGAUGGAGCUGUGGUUUCAGAUGGUUUUCUUUUGUCCCAGAACUGAACGCAUCUGCCUAACCUGUUCCAUUCUUUCAUUUUGUUCUCACUUCUUCCUUAAUUACUUUGGUCAGUUUAUCUGUUCUAUGUUUGUAGAAAUCUUGAUUGCCAGAGCUGAGCCUUGUUUUAUUGACAAUAGGAAGUUAACCCAUCAUCGCCUCAGAUGAAAUGCCCCUCCACAGCCUCGUUUUUACUUAUUAUUAUUUUUUUGGAGUCGUUAAACAUAAAACCAAUAGAAAUAGUGCUCUUUGACAUAAAUAGUGCCUGUGAAAAACUUCAUCCAUACAAAAAUCUCUUCUUAGAUUGUGGAAUGGAAUGCUUGUUUGGAUUUUAUGAGAUGUGAAAAAGUGGUUAGAUAAGAAUCAUCACCGGAGAGAGAAUUAGCCCAUCAAACAUUAAGAUGCCUUGAUUUUUCCAAGAAGGGAUCCUCAUAAAUUCGUUUAGCAUUGGCAUCAUACUCUUUCCGUAGCUUUUCGGGGUUCCAUCUGAUGCAAACUGCCGCUCGACUUCCCAGAAAAUAAUUGAGGAUUCAAGUUGUUGACUUGGGCGUUCACUUGUACAUAAACUUAUAUUUGCACAUGCUUUAUUUUGUUCUUUUGUAUAUUAUAUAUCAACUUUCAUAAGCCAUAAAUUUACUUGUAAAAAAGAUCCAGAUCUUACUAAUUUUAAAGUAAUACAAAUCCCGACGCAUGAAACUCUUGGAUAGAAGCA